CUGAAUGGCCAAACAGUUUGCUCCGCACCACCAUCCGAAUCACGCUCCCGCACAGAGAUUGCUCGUUGCUCCAUCUCUAUAAAGAAUCUAAACUCAAAACUCUACUGGAUCAUUAUGGAUCGCUGGCAAAAUCGCGUUGCUGUCGUUACUGGGGCCAGUUCGGGUAUUGGAGCCGCCUGCUGCAGGGAUCUGGUGGCCAAGGGCAUGAUCGUCGUGGGUCUGGCACGCCGUGAGGAGCGGCUGAAGGAGCUGAAGGCAUCGCUGCCGGCCGAGCAGGCUGCCCGUUUUCAUGGUCGCAAGUGUGAUGUGAGCCAGGAGCAGAGUGUUGUCGACACCUUCGCCUGGAUCGAUGCCACAUUGGGUGGCGCUGAUGUGCUCGUGAACAAUGCCGGCAUUGUGCGGUCAUCGGCGGACAUUGUCAAUGGGGGCAACGGCCCCGAUCUGAGGGCCAUUCUGGACACCAAUGUGCUGGGCGUGGCCUGGUGCACGCGCGAAGCCUUCCGCUCGCAGCAGCGGCGCAAUGUCCUCGACGGACACGUGGUGAUCAUCAACAGUGUGGCCGGACACCGGAUCCCGAACAUCGGCAUCAGCCUUGGCAUGUAUGCCCCCUCCAAGCAUGCGGUGACAGCCCUGACCGAGGUGCUGCGCCAGGAGUUCCUCCACAAGAAGACCCAGACCAAAAUCACAAGCGUGAGUCCUGGCGCCGUCGAUACGGAGAUCAUUGACAAGCACAUACUCGAAGCGAUGCCCAAUCUGCCCAUGCUGCGCUCGGAGGAUGUCGCCGAUGCCGUCACCUACUGCAUUCAGACACCACCCAAUGUCCAGAUCCACGAGCUGACCAUCAAGCCCAUUGGAGAGUCUGUGUAGGGUAUCAGGCAGCAGAUCCGAACUGAACUGAUCUGAUCUGAUCUUAGUGCUUAGUUUGCCUUAAAGAUGCAUCUACAGAUAUUACAAUUUUUACUCAUAGCCAUACUGAAAAUUCGGAUUUUAUUUUGGAGGUUAACUAAUGAAAUAUCGUCAGAUAUAUCAGAUAUUUAAGGAAAAGCUAGUUUUACUGCAAUAAGCUUUUUUUUUUAGUGCCUAAGUGAAGAAAAGCAGAAUGCUUUCAAUAUAAUUAAUAUUAAA